GUAUUUGUCAAUAUUGUGAUUUUCAAGCAACGUGUUAGGACAAUAAGAUCGCCAUUGGAAACUAUCUGAUGAACUUUGGUCUCUACACACUAAAAUAUGGAGUCGACACAGUACGGCAAACUUAAUAGAUUGAUUAACAACAAUAUUAGCAUAAACCUAACGAACGAGAAAAACUGCGCGGUUUAUGCACCGACCACUGAGUUGCUGACGAUGGACAUUAACAGCGAAGAGGCACAGGAACAGCGAGAAGCAGCAGAAGAGCAGACGCAACCGCAGGAGAGGGAUCAAUGGGGCAAGGGAGUGGAGUUUCUGUUCUCGUGCAUUGCUCUAAGCGUGGGUCUCGGCAAUGUUUGGCGCUUUCCGUUUAUAGCCCUAGAAAAUGGUGGCGGCGCCUUUCUGAUACCCUAUCUGGUGGUGCUGUUGCUAGUGGGUAGACCCGUCUACUACUUGGAAGUCCUCAUUGGGCAAUUUGCAAGUCGCGGUUGCAUUCGCGCCUUUGAUAUGGUGCCCCUAAUGAAAGGUGUUGCCUAUGGCCAGGUGUAUUCCACGGCCCUUGCAACCACCUACUAUGCCUGCAUCAUGGCUUUGACUAUACGCUAUUUGGUGGUUUCCUUCUCGGAGGUGUUACCUUGGACCUAUUGUCUGGUCGAGUGGGGUCCUCAGUGUGUUGCCACAGGAGUAACUGACAGCAAUGCAACUCAUUCAGGGCCGGGUAUUUCUUCAGCGGAAUUGUAUUUUACUCGCACUGUUCUACGAGAACCAGACAAUUUGGAUGAUGGAGGCCUUGGCACACCAAGUUGGGAGAUGGUCUUGUGCCUGCUGGUCACCUGGAUCAUAAUCGCCAUCACCUUGUUCAAGGGCAUACGCAGCUCGGGCAAGGCAUCAUACUUUCUCGCUCUCUUUCCCUAUGUCAUCAUGCUGAUCCUGUUGAUCCGAGCGUUGACAUUGCCUGGUGCCUGGCAGGGAAUUGCGUAUUUUGUGAAGCCACAGUGGGAUCAGCUGCUCAAUCCUCAUGUGUGGUAUGCGGCAAUCACCCAAAUGUUCUUCUCCCUGGCCAUCUGCUUUGGCACCUUGGUCAUGUAUGCCUCAUUCAAUGAUUUCCGCAAGCAAGUGCACAAGGAUGUGAUCAUCAUUACAUCAAUCGAUUCGUUUACUUCUAUUUUGGCUGGCUGCAUCAUUUUUGGCAUCUUGGGAAAUCUGGCCCAUGAGACGAACACCACAGACAUCUCCAGUGUCGUCAAGGGAGGUGCUGGACUCGCAUUCAUCUCGUAUCCCGAGGCCAUAGCCAAGUUCAAGUAUCUGCCACAGUUGUUUGCGGCACUCUUCUUCUUCAUGCUGCUUGUGCUGGGCAUAGGCAGCAACAUUGGCAUGGCCUCCAGUGUGAUCAACGUGGUCAAGGAUCGUUUCCCUCAUCUGCCACACUGGCAGCUCGCCAUUGGCGCCUCGGUGAUUGGCUUUCUCUGCGGCUUAGUCUAUAUGACACCUGGCGGUCAGUUUGUGCUCAAUCUGGUAGACUUCUAUGGCUGCACCUUCAUUGCCCUCGUUCUUGCCAUCGCCGAGCUGUUGGCUGUGGGGUGGAUCUAUGGCGUGAAGCGUCUCUGCAGCGACAUUGACUUCAUGUUGAAUGUGAAGACUGGUUUCUAUUGGCGCAUCUGCUGGGCAAUUGUGGCACCUGGUUUGAUGUUCCUCGUGCUGGUUUACAUGCUCUUCAGCUACGAGCCCUUGACAUACAAGGGAGUCGCCUAUCCACAGGAAGCAUACAUGGCCGGGUGGCUCAUUUGGGGACUGGGCGUGGCACAGUUGCCCUUCUGGGCCAUCUAUACCAUUUACCAACAGCCAGCGAACAGCUUCAGUGGCAAACUCAAGCUGGCAUUGCAGCCAACUGCGGACUGGGGUCCUCGGCAGCCACAGCAGAUGGAGGCAUAUCUUCAGCAUCGUAGACAGGAAGCCGACAUGAAAACGGAACGCAGAGCAUUCUUUAUAGACAACAUAUUUGGCUAGUAAGGAAAAAGGAGUCUGGACAGUAUUGGCAAAGAAUAUUCGCUUUAUUAUUAUUCAUUUAUCAUUAAACUGCAAAUUGUAAUUGUUGUUCGCUCAAAGCUACAGGAAAAUAUUUAAAACAUUUCGAUUGCAGAUUUUUUUUUGCAAUUCUUUUUUAUACUUUAAGACUUUUAUGCUAAGCGAUUUUAGCUGCGAUUUUAAUGAAAUAUUAUUAUUCUAAACUG